AUGGGGGCGGAGGGAGAGCUUACUCCAUGCCUCAUCGGAUCUUUGACUUGGAGUCUAGGAUUCGUAGACACAUUGAGAAUUCCUAACCACAGUAAAGACGAGCGAGGAGUAAAGGCCGCGAACCGCAUUGUAGCGAUUUUGCAAGCCACCACAGCACACCACCACCUUACCUCCACUCAAAAGACCCUCGUUAAACCAAGACUAGUGUCUGACGACGAGCAGCACAACCAUCAGUUCGAGCAGGCCAAUGCCGGCGCCUCGUUGACCUACCCGAUGCAGUGCUCGGCCCUCCGCAAGAACGGACACGUUGUUAUCAAGGGCCGUCCCUGCAAGAUUGUGGACAUGUCGACCUCGAAGACCGGCAAACACGGUCACGCCAAGGUUCAUUUGGUUGCCAUCGACAUUUUCACUGGCAAGAAGCUUGAAGAUAUCUCCCCGUCAACUCACAACAUGGAUGUCCCCAACGUGACCCGCACUGAAUUCCAGCUCGUGAACAUUGACGACGGUUUCCUCAACCUGAUGAGCAACGAGGGAGUGCCCAAGGAUGAUGUCCGUGUUCCCGAAGGAGACCUUGGCAAACAGAUCCAAUCCGAUUUUGAGGAAGGAAAGGAGCUGAUUGUCACUGUGUGCGCUGCUAUGAAUGAGGAGCACGCUCUUGGGGUCAAGGAAGCCCCAAGGGAGCUUAAAUGGUGUUGGCUGGGACGGAUGCGUGGUUUCUAUUCUCACAUUGCAUUUACUACAUGGUUCCUGUAUACACUAGCUGGCAGUCAAUUCAAGUCGAAAAAGUACGGUGCGCAGGUCAAGGCGAUCCAGGAGGUGUUCCCGGAUUGGCACGACGAUGAUUUAGUGUCGCUGCUGCAAGAUACGCACGGGUCUGUGGAGACCGCCAUCGAACGGAUCACCCAGGGCCAGGCCGAGCAAUGGGGCUCAGUGCCGAGCAAGAAGAGCAAGAAACCGCAAACGGCGCCUGCUCGCGGUGGCGGGCGUGGUCAGCGUGGACGCGGAUCGUCGCGUGGGGGUGCGGCACGAGGCGGACGCGGUCACCGCCAGACGAGCUCUUCCUCGCGUCCAGUCAACGGCGAGCACCACCAAGACCCAGCGAGCACCGGCACAGCCAACGCUGACUCGGGUCCUUCCUCAACCCAUGUCUGGGGCCCGAGCUCGUCUGCUGCUCCUUGGGGAACAGACUCUGAGCACAAGGACCCCGAGUCCAAGCCAGCUGCGGAGAUCCCCAAGACCAACGGCACUCCUGUCAACGGCACCCACCCCCCUGCACCGGUUCCACCCCCUGCGACUGUGGCCACCCCUGCCCAGUCGGUCAAACCACCGCCUCCGACCAAGGCACCUGCCCCGGCCGCUCCUCCAGCAAAGACUUGGGCAUCUUUAUUGAAACCCAAGCCCACGCCUGCCCCCGUUGCGAAACAGCCAUCCCCAGCACCUUCUCAACCCAAGCCUCAACCUCAAAAGCAACCUUCUCCAGCUGCACCCAUAGUUGAACCUGAGCCUGAACCCGAACCCACACCCGAGCCCGAAUCCGAGCCCGAACCUACACCUGCCUCUGAGCCAGAGCAUGAGCCUGAACCCGAGCCCGAACCCAGUCACGAACAAGAAUCGCUGGCGCCCGAACCCGAGCCCGUUCAAGAACAAUCAGUGCUCGAGCCAGAACCCGAACCAGUCGUACAAACCAAGGAGGAAACACCCGAACCCGAGCCAGCUCCUCAACCUCAGCCCGAACCAGUACCCGAAUCCAAGAUCGAAUCAUCUACGACUGUUCCUCCCCCUCCGCCACCGGGUUUGAAUCUCGUGACCCAACAGGCACCACUCACUGAACCCGCUCAACCCGCUCAACCCGCUCAAGCCCCUCAAGUCUCCUUGCCCCCUUCUGUGUCUUUGCCUGCUUCUGUGUCCUUGCCUGCGGCUGCCCAAUCAGCAUGGCGCACCCCGAGCAAGAUUCCAGCCUCUCGCUCUGGAGGGAGGUACCCCAAGUCCGAUCAGGCCGUUGUAUUGCCGAGCGGCUACGAGGACAAGCUCAGCACUGGCGUCUCUGGACUUUCGUUUGGACAAUUCGGCGAUUUUGGUGACAAGACCAAGGCCGCGGAAUCCGUUCAAGAGGCCUCUGCCCCUGUCCCCACAGCUGCAGCUGCACCCAUUCAUGCACCUCCUCCGACCGUCACGCUCCCUACCGAGCUUCCAAUUGCCCAAGUACGAAAGGACGAGCCCGCUCCACCUCCAGCGCACUUGACGAUCUCGGACCAGUUGCCACAAGCGCCAGCGCAGAUCCAGCAGCAGCAGCAAAUCCCAAUUCCUCCACAGCACCAGGCACCGAUCCAACAGCAGCCCCCUCAAAUCCAGCAGGAUCGUAUCCCCACUCAGCACCAGACUCCGCUCGUCUCGCACAUCCCUGCUCAGCCUCCAGCCCAGCCUCCUCAGCCAGCUUCACAGCAACAGGCUCCACCACCUCCUCAACCACAACCCCAGCCACCCCAAGAACAGCCUCAGCAACAUGUUCCACUGCAUACAUACGAGCCUUUCCCUCAGCACGUACACGGGCACAAUUUGGGCAACGCAGGUGUUGGCCUUUAUCAGCCGCAACACCAGCACCAAGCCCAACACCAGCAGUCGACGCACUCGAAUUCGCCGUUUGCGCAGCCUCAGGCGCAGCAGCCUCAACAGCAGUCUGGGUUGUAUGGCCAGCAGUCGAUGAGAGCACCGGAUAUGGAGCAUUUGGAUUUGGAGGCGGAGGAGUGGGUGGGUUCGAUAGGCAUGUAUACGACCAGGGCGCACUCGCAUCAGGCACCUGGAUUUUACGACUCGUACAAUCAUGGAGGGGCCGGUGGAUUCGCUCCUCGUGCUGGCGGUGAUGACCUACCCAAGUCCUCUCCCGGACAACAACCUCAAAAUGUCAUUCCCAACCCGAAUGCGCAACCAUCCCAGCCGCAGCAGCAGCCACAGCAACCACAGCAACCUCAGCAACAGCAACAGCAGCAGCAGCAACCCCCGAACCAGCAGCAGUCGGGAGGAACCAGUAUUUCGGCCAACCCUCGCCUGGAUAUGGCCAGCAUUUGUCAAGUACCAGCCAGUCGCAUACACCCAGCAAUCGCAGCAAUCGCAGCCGCAGCCUCAACAGUCCAAGACUUCGGGCUCUCUGUAUGCUCCCGGCCAGCCCGAGGAACAGUACGGGCAGCAACAGACCCAGGGGUACGACUAUUCGAAGCCACAGGGUCAAGUGCAGGGAGACUGCAGAGUUUGCUUGGAGGGCGAGGAAUGGGCGACAAGACGCGAGUCGGGGCUGUCGGACAGGCCCAAGGUGGGGCCAGCGCCGGGUACUACAGCGGAGGCGCGGCCGCAGGUGCGAACGCGGGGACUCGGUACCCAGGAUACCAGCAGCAAGCUCCCGAGCAGGCCAACUACUACUCGUACGGUGGCCGGAACCCCCAACAGCCCAAUCAAUCCUACGGACAAUGGCAAUAA